AUGGCAUCCCUUUUCAGCGGUCCCCCCGCCAACCGCCCGCUCGUCCUUCACUCCAAGGCCGCCCGCGUCCACGUUCUUGUCCCUGCCUCGCCUCUCUCUGCCUGGGUCGCUUCCGAGGUUCUUGCCCAGGAGUUCCACGAUGCCGACAUUGGCGCCGACGACGAGGUCGCCGUCGUCGACGAGGACGACGAGGCCCCUGCCACCCCUUCCGCCGAGCCCCAGAUCAAGCUCCUCGCCCGCUUCCUCUCGUUUGCCGCCGACAAGGUCGCCGCAUCGACCUCGGGCUCUGACGAGCUCGCCCAGGUCCUCCUCGCAGCUUACAACCGCUUCAACGAGCUUUUCCUCGCCUCGCUCAACGUCCACUCGCUCGUCCAGUCGUUUGACCCCGAGCCCCGCGCGGAGAUUCUCACCGCAUACUUUAAGGCUUUCGCCGUCGCCCGCAAGGCCCUCGGCGACAAGGAGGUCCAGGUCGCCCACACUUCGGCCGUCCUCGACGCCGCCAAGACUGGCGAGACUGAGCUCUACGGCCUCUUUGGUGGCCAGGGUGUCAACGAGUACUACUUUGACGAGUUCCAGUCGCUCUUUGACCUCUACCGUCCCUUCGUUGAGGACCUGAUUGCUACCAUCACCGAGAAGGAGCUGCUCCCUCUGGCUGCCAAGGCUGAGGCCGACGGCUACACCUACUACAGCCAGGGUCUCGACCUCAUCUCGUGGCUCCGCGGCACCAAGACCCGCCCCACUGUCGAGUACCUCGCCUCGAUCCCUCUGUCGCUCCCCCUCAUUGGUGUGACCCAGCUCGUCCAGUAUGUCAUUUCGGCCAAGAUUGCCGACCUCACCCCCGGUGAGAUGCUCGCCCGCUUCAAGGGUGCCACCGGCCACUCGCAGGGUGUCGUCUCUGCCGUCGCCGUCGCCGCUGCCACCUCGUGGGAGUCUCUCGAGGAGAACAUCCUCAAGGCCGUCAAGCUCCUCUUCUACAUUGGUCUCCGUGGCCAGGAGGCCUUCCCCCUCCUCUCGAUCGAGCCCGAGAUCAUUGCCGACGCCGUCGCCAACAACGAGGGCGUCCCCACCCCCAUGCUCGGCGUCAACGGCCUGAGCCUCAAGCCCCUCGAGGCCCACAUUAAAAAGGUCAACGCGUUCCUCCCUGCCAACUCGCAGGUCGGCAUCUCGCUCUACAACGCCGCCACGAUGUUCGUCGUCACCGGCCCCCCCAAGUCGCUCUACGGUCUCGCCACCGCGCUCCGCAAGGUCCAGGCCCCCGCCGGCCAGGACCAGGGCCGUAUCCCCUUCUCGAAGCGCAAGGCUGUCUUCAACGCCCGCUUCCUGCCCAUCAACGUGCCCUACCACAGCGCCUUCCUUGAGGGUGCCACCGAGCGCCUCAUCAAGGAGGACCUCGCCGGUGCCGAGCUCUGGUCGCCCAAGGACCUUGGCAUCGCCAUCUACAACACUGAGGACGGCUCCGACCUCCGCACCCUUACUGGCAGCGUCACCAAGAGCGUCUGCGACCAGAUCUUCACCAAGCACAUCCACUGGGCCAAGGCCUGCAACUUCCCCAUGACCGCUACCCACGCCAUCGACUUUGGACCCGGCGGCAACUCGGGUGUCGGAUUCCUGACCACCCGUGUCACCGAGGGCCGUGGUGUCCGCGUCGUCAUCAUUGGCGAAAAGGGCAAGCAGGGUGCCGAGUUUUACGACUCGAACUCUAUCCGUCGCGAGCCCGUCUGGGCCUCCGAGUUCCGUCCCCGUCUCGUCAAGACCCUCGACGGCAAGAUUAACAUUGACACGCCCUUCUCGCGUCUCCUCGGCAAGCCCCCCAUCAUGGUGGCGGGCAUGACCCCUACCACUGUUGGCGCCAACCUCGUGGCUGCCACCCUCAACGCCGGCUACCACAUCGAGCUCGCCGGUGGUGGCCACUACAACGCCAAGGCCGUCCGCGCCAAGGUCGCCGAGAUCCAGCGCCGCACCAAGCCCGGUGUCGGUGUCACCCUCAACGCUCUCUACAUCAACCAGCGCCAGUUCACCUUCCAGUUCCCCCUCUGGCAGGAGAUGCGCCGUGAGGGCGCCCCCGUCGAGGGCUUCUGUGUCGCUGCCGGUAUCCCCUCGUCGGAGAAGGCCACCGAGAUCAUUGACGGUCUCAAGGCCGCUGGCAUCAAGCACAUUGCCUUCAAGCCCGGAUCGGUCGAGGGUAUCCGCCAGGUCAUCAACAUUGCCAAGGCCAACCCCGACUACCCCAUCAUCCUCCAGUGGACUGGUGGCCGUGCCGGUGGUCACCACUCGGCCGAGGACUUCCACCAGCCCAUCAUCUCGACCUACUCGGCCAUCCGCCACCACCGCAACAUUUCGCUCAUUGCCGGUUCCGGCUUUGGUGGUGCCGAGGACGUCUGGCCCUACAUCUCGGGUGACUGGUCGACCAAGCUCUUUGGUCUCCAGCCCAUGCCCUUUGACGGUGUCCUUUACGGCUCGCGUGUCAUGGUCGCCAAGGAGGCCGACACGUCGCCUUCGGUCAAGAAGCUCAUUGUCGACGCCCCCGGUGUCGACGACGCCGAGUGGGAGGGUACCUACGACAAGCCCACCGGUGGUAUCCUCACCGUCCGCUCCGAGCUCGGUGAGCCCAUCCACAAGAUUGCCACCCGCGGUGUCAAGCUCUGGCGCGAGUUUGACGACACCGUCUUUGGCCUCCCCCGUGACAAGCGCGCCGCUUGGCUCGAGGGCAAGAAGGACUAUGUCAUUGAGCGCCUCAACAAGGACUUUAACAAGCCCUGGUUUGGCGAGAAGGCCGACGGCACCGUCGUCUCGGACAUUGGCCAGAUGACCUACGAGGAGAUCACCCGCCGCAUGAUCCGCCUCAUGUACGUCGAGAAGCAGAAGCGCUGGGUCGACGUCUCGCUCCGCAACCUCACUGGUGACUGGCUCCGUCGUGUCGAGGAGCGUUUCGCUGGUGUCGACGGCAUCCGCACCAAGGAGUCGCUCAUCCAGUCGUUCUCGUCGCUCGACGAGCCCGCCGCCACUGUCGACAUGUUCUUUGCCCAGUACCCCAAGGCCAAGCUCCAGCUUGUCGCCGCCGAGGACAAGGCCUACUUCCUCAACAUUUCGCAGCGCCCCGGCCAGAAGCCCGUGCCCUUCAUCCCCAUCCUCGACUCGAACUUUGAGGUCUGGUUCAAGAAGGACUCGCUUUGGGCUGCCGAGGACAUGGACGCCGUGUUCGACCAGGACCCCCAGCGUGUCUGUAUCCUCCAGGGCCCCAUGGCCGUCAAGUUUGCCAACGUUGCCGACGAGCCCAUUGCCGACAUGCUCGGCAACAUUGAGGGUCUCCUCGCCAAGCGCAUCCUCGAGCGCUUCUACGACAACGACGAGUCCAAGGUCCCCACCAUUGACUACAUUGGUGCCCGCCCCUCGCUCGCCCACACCACCAUUGCCCUCGAGGGCAUCAACGCCGACGGCACCCGCACCCUCACCCUCGAGAACCAGGUUCCCGACGUCGAGGACUGGCUCCAGCGCAUUGCCGGCCCCGAGCUCUCGUGGCUCCGCGCCGCCCUCACCACCGUCAACGUUGUCCAGGGCUCCAACUACGUGACCAACCCGUUCCGUCGCAUCUUUGCUCCCCGCAAGCACCAGCACGUUGUCAUCACCCCUACCUCUGUCACCGUCUACGGCGCCAUCCGCUCGGCCGGCGCUGGCCCCAACGACGACAAGUUCAAGGCCGUCGAGCUCACCUACGAGCCCUCGACCAAGGUCAUCACCCUCGUCCUCAACGAGCUCCGCAAGGGUGUUUCGGUGCCCCUCACCUUCCGCUUCAACUACAAGCCGGACCAGGGCUACGCCCCGAUCCACGAGGUCGUCGAGGGCCGCAACCAGGCCAUCAAGGACUUUUACUGGCGUCUGUGGUUUGGUGACAACGAAAAGCUCCCCCAGCUCGCCCUUGACACCACCUUCACCUGCGGCGAGACCAAGGUCGACGCUGCCACCAUCCAGCGCUUCUGCGACGUCGUUGGCAACCAGAGCGAGCGCUUCAAGCAGGCUCGCAACACCGAGGUGCUUGCCCCCAUGGACUAUGCCAUUGUUCUUGGCUGGCAGUCGAUCAUGAAGACCAUCUUCCCCCAGGCCAUUGACGGCGACCUCAUCAACCUCGUCCACCUCUCGAACGGCUUCCGCUUCGUCGAGGGUGUCGCGCCCGUCAAGGCCGGCGACGUCUGCACCACCGAGGCCCGUGUUGUCUCGGUCAUCAACUCGGACUCUGGCAAGACUGUCAAGGUCAAGGGCUUUGUCCUCCGCGAGGGCGAGCCCGUCAUCGAGGUCACCUCGGCCUUCCUCUACCGCGGCCGCUUCUCGGACUUUGAGAACACCUUUGAGACCAUUGACGAGGACGACUAUGUCGUCUCGCUCGACAAGCCCACUUCGGUCGGCGUCCUCCAGUCCAAGCCCUGGUUCGAGUGGGACGACGACUCUGUGGCCCUCGACAUUGGCACCGAGCUCACCUUCAAGGUCAAGUCCAAGCUCCGCUUCAAGGACAAGUCGACCUACGCUUCGGUCCAGGUCACUGGUGCCGCGUUUGUCCGCUCGCAGACCAAGUCGCUCGUCCAGGUCGCCACCAUUGACUACGAGGCCCACAACUCGCACGGCAACCCCGUCGUCGAGUACCUCAAGCGUACCGGCCAGGCCGUCGGCCUCCCCGUCGCUCUCGAGUCGGGUGGCUACUCGCUCAUCACCGACGCUUCGUCGGCCACCUACCGCACCCCGGCCACCAACGAGCCGUACUCGAAGAUUUCGGGCGACUUCAACCCCAUCCACAUCAACCCGUACUUCUCCGACUUUGCCAACCUGCCCGGUACCAUCACCCACGGCAUGUGGUCGUCGGCCGCUACCCGCAAGUACGUCGAGUCGGUUGCCGCCGACAACCACCCCGAGCGCGUUGUCUCGUACGAGGUUGCCUUUGUCGGCAUGGUCCUCCCCGGUGACGACAUCAACGUCAAGCUCACCCACGUCGCCAUGCGCGACGGCAAGAAGGUUAUCAAGGUCGAGGCCUUCAACCAGAACGGCACCAAGGUCAUUGACGGUGACGCCGAGGUCAUGCAGCCCCCGACCACCUACGUCUUCACCGGCCAGGGUUCGCAGGAGGUUGGCAUGGGCAUGGAGCUCUACAACAACUCGGACGUUGCCCGCGCCGUCUGGGACGCAGCCGACGCGCACCUGACCACCGUCUACGGCUUCUCGAUCAUUGACAUUGUCAAGAACAACCCCAAGGAGCUCACCAUCCACUUUGGUGGUAUCAAGGGCCAGGCCAUUCGCCAGCGUUACAUGGACCUCACGUACGACACUGUCGACGAGGCCGGCGUCACCAAGACCCAGCCCCUCUUUGGCGACAUUGACCUGUACACCCAGAGCUACACGUUCAGCCACCCCCAGGGUCUCCUCUUCGCCACGCAGUACACCCAGAUUGCGCUCGUCGUCACCGAGAAGGCUGCGUUUGACGACAUGAAGGCCAAGGGUCUCAUUGACCACAACGCCUCGUUUGCCGGCCACUCGCUCGGCGAGUACUCUGCCCUUGCCGCCAUUGCCGACGUGCUCCCCAUCUCGGCGCUCGCCGACGUUGUCUUCUUCCGUGGUAUCACCAUGCAGCGCGCCGUCAAGCGCGACGCCGAGGGCAAGUCGCAGUACGCCAUGAUGGCCGUCAACCCUUCGCGUGUUGGCAAGACGUUCUCCGAGCCCGCUCUCCGCGAGAUUGUCGACCAGAUCUCCAAGGAGAAGAAGGUUCUCGUCCAGAUUGUCAACCUCAACGUUGCCGACCAGCAGUACGUCACUGCCGGUGAGCUCAAGGGUCUCGCCACCCUCACCAACGUUCUCAACCUCCUCAAGCACCAGAAGAUCGACCUUGAGAAGCUCCAGAAGACCAUGUCGGUCGAGCAGAUCAAGGAGCACCUCACCGAGAUCAUCUCGGGUGCUUGGGACAUGAUGGAGGAGAAGGUCAAGAAGGACGGCGGCGCCGUCACCCUCGAGCGUGGCUACGCCACCAUCCCCCUGCCCGGUAUCGACGUGCCCUUCCACUCGCGCUACCUCUGGCCCGGCGUCGUCUCGUUCCGUUCGUACCUCGUCAAGAAGAUCAACCCCGAGCACCUCAACCCGGACCGUCUUGUUGGCAAGUACAUUCCCAACCUGAUCGCCGAGCCCUUCGAGGUCUCGAAGGAGUACGUCCAGAAGAUCUUUGACGAGACCAACUCGCCCCGCAUGGACGUUGUCCUCAAGGGCUGGGAGAAGGACGCCUGGGACUCGCCCGCCCAGCGCCAGCGCCUGGCUUACAACAUUCUCACCGAGUGUCUCGCCUACCAGUUCGCCUCGCCCGUUCGCUGGAUUGAGACCCAGGACGUUCUGUUCCAGGACGCCAAGUUUGAGCGCUUCAUCGAGGUCGGCCCCGGCCCCGUUCUCGCCGGCAUGGCCACCCGUACCCUCAAGGCCAAGUACGAGGCCCAGGACGGCGCCACGGCCCUCAAGCGCCAGAUCCUCUGCCACGCCAAGAACCAGAAGGAGGUCUACUAUGCGUUCGAGGACGAGGCCGAGGAGGAGGCUGCCCCCGCUGCUGCCGCCGACUCGUCUGCUCCCGCUGCCGCCGCCGCCCCCGUUGCCGCUGCUGCCCCCGUCGCUGCUGCCGCUCCCUCGGCCGGCCCCGCCGCCGCCGUCGAGGACGUCCCGCCCAAGGCUGUCGACACUGUCCGCAUCAUUGUGGCCCAGAAGCUCAAGAAGCAGACUUCGGAGAUUCCCCUCUCCAAGUCGCUCAAGGAGCUCUCGGGCGGCAAGUCGACGCUCCAGAACGAGAUUCUCGGUGACCUCCAGACCGAGUUUGCUUCGGCUCCCGAAAAGGGUGAGGACCUGCCCCUCGACGAGCUUGGUGCCGCUCUCUCGGUCGGCUACGCCGGUCUUGGCAAGCACACCAUGGGUCUCACCAACCGCAUGAUCGCCGCCAAGUUCCCCGGUGGCUUCAACAUUACCGCUGCCCGUGGCCACCUCAACAAGCAGUGGGGUCUCGGCCCCAUGCGCGCCGACUCUGUCCUCUUCUUCGGUGUCACCUCGGAGCCCGCCAAGCGUCUCGGCUCCGAGGCCGAGGCCAAGACCUUCCUCGACGGUGUCGCCCAGAGCUACGCCUCGUACUCGGGCAUCAGCCUCUCUGCCGGCGGCGCCGCUGCCGGUGGCGGCGGUGGUGGUGGCGGCGGUGCCGUCAUGAACUCGGAGGAGUUUGACAAGUUUGUCGUCAAGCAGGACGAGCAGGCGCAGCGCGAGAUCGACCUCUUGUCGCGCUACCUCGGCAAGGACCCGCGCGCCGGCGAGAAGCGCGCCGACGCCGAAAAGGCCAACGCCGAGGCCCUCCAGGCCAAGCUCGACGCCAUCAAGGCCGAGCACGGCGACGCGUACAUUGACGGCAUUGCGCCCGUCUUCUCGGCCGACAAGGCGCGUCACUUUGACUCGUCGUGGAACUGGGCGCGCCAGUCGUCGCUCGAGCUCUGGUUCGACAUGCUCCACGGCCGCCUCGACCCCAGCAUCAUGUUUGAGAACGAGCGCACCCUCCGUCCCUCGGCGCCCUCGGCCUAA